AUGCGUUGUUGUCAUUUAAAUUGGCUCAAAUUUAUUUUAUUUGAGACUUCAUUUCUCCAGCUUGGAACUGGAGCUUUUACUAUAUAUGUUGGAGCAACUGUUAUUGACUCUCCUCUGGUAGAGGCAAUUGAAAAACAAUGGGUAGGAGUAUGCAUGAUCGUUAUAGGCAUUUUAAUGAUCAUUUUUGCUUUUGUAGCUGCUUUUGGCACCUAUAAGGAAAAUAAGUGGGGACUCUACUCUUAUAUGUUUGUGGCUGGAUGGUCAGGAGUCCUUUUAUGUGUCUUUGGCAUAGCUUGCCUAUGGGGAGCAGCUUAUGCUGAAGAAUAUUAUACAUUAAUGAGGUGCUUAGAGUCCUUAUUUCACAUUGGUGGCAUUCCGUGCGAUGCUUGUCGCCUAACGGCAUAGCCGGAUUGGUGGGUUUUACCUAUGAUAACUCUGAGCCCAGUCCAAGCCUCUGGCUUCAUGGCAGUAUUUUGCCCUAUUGGGUUGGAAACCUUUACGGACAUCACAAUUUCAAGCUUUGUCUCUUCGAACGCCUAGUUGCUCUGCCUAUCACCCUUAGAGGUAUCGCUCCUGCUCGGUUUCCUUUAAUUAGAGAGACUGCAUUGCUGUCUAGUCAGCUUCUUUUCCCCCCCAGAUCAUCCCUGAAGAAAAACUUAACUGCUUCCACGGUUUGGGGCAGGGCCACUAUAGCAGUUUGAGCAGGUAAUCAACCUUGCUCCAUUUCAGGUUUCCCCUGCUCAGGUACUGCUGGUAAAAUGGAGUCAUAAGCAACUCCCAAUUGGAUCAGGCCACAAACCAGCAGAUUCGCGCUCAAGUCCUUUGCUGCAGGACACCAGAUAUUGCUUGGCCAACUACUAGCCCAAAAAUCAUGCUCGAAUAUACAUAGGUUACCGUCACAUGAGAGGGAGAGUCGAUGCCACGCAAUUUUAUGUAUAUGAUGAGGAAUAUUUAGGUAGCGACGAAAAGUGCUACGACUUGAAAGGUCUUCGAGAUGCCUCAAAUGCAGUUAUUAAAGCAGGGAGUAUAAUGUGCACGAUCUUUUGCCCAUGCAACCUUGAGCCUACUACCCAAGUCCACCUUUAUGCCAACCAGACUUUUACGUAUGGAACGGCUACCAAACUUCAAAAUUGCAAUACUUGCUGGCACAUUCAAUAUUAUCCUCCAGAAGUUCAAGCAAUUCUAAUUGCAUUUAUGAAAAAGGCCUUGGAAAUAGACGUCACUGUUGAUAAUUGUGUCAUUCCUGAUGAUGCAUUUUCUGAUACUUAUAUGCAAGAGUAUGCUAAGUACCUUAAUUUGCUGAAAUAUGUCGAAAAAAGGUUUGACUGUUCAGGAGUUUGCAUUAAAGAAAACGUUUUUCUCUUCACUGAUAUCAAUAGAGGGACACCUAUAGGUAAUUGCAGAGAAAAAAUUUAUGAUUGAAUUGGGUAUAUAUCAUUGAAAUUUGGAAUAACCAAUAUUGUUUUUGGAUGCUUCCAGGUAAAAGUUAUAUAGAUUUUUGGUCUAGUAAUUGCUUUCAUGAUCAAGAUGAAGCUGAAAAAGUUUGCAGGAAUUGAGAGCCCGACAACGGGACUUGGAGGUGAUGAGAACGGGACUGAGGAAAAGCAAAGGCUUGAGCCUAAAGUAGUUGAUGUGGAUGGUAGCUAUCCUCAAGCAGAGUCUGAGUCUAAUAAUAAUGACAGUAAAAACGAUGUUUAA